AUGAUGCAGACAGCGACAGCCGCAGCUGCGGAAGCUGGGGCAGGGCCGCGCCCAUCCGUGGCAAAACCGCCGGCGCGACAUAAUUCAUUGUCCGCCAGCGGCAGGCUCAAGUACGCCGAUCCUCGUAGCCUUCCAAGUUAUCCAUCCUCCGGUCUGAGCCCGGGUGGCGCAGCUGCCAGUGCAGCAGCAUCUCUUGGCUGGAUUAGCCACAAGCCCAUCGAAACCUGGAAGCCAGAUAAAACGUCAUCAGCCUCCGCCGCCGCGGUUCUCGCCAAAGACUACAAGAUACACCCAGCCUGGGAGCCUGUCAUGGACGGAACUGGAGCCAAAGCUGCGGUGCUGGCAGUUGGGUCUGCCAGCACUGCCUAUAGACACUCGAGCGUCAAGAUGUCUAGCCACGAUUCAUGGGGCAACACAGCUGCGGCGUCGGCCUUCACUACGAGUGCGAACCGACCAGCUUCCCCAGAGCCAACAACACUAACUGCAUCUCAUGGAAGCUCUGCCGCAACACAGGCAUUUCAAGCCAAUCGACUCCAAUCAGCAAAAGCGGCCAGCUCACCGCCCCCUUCACCAAGGGAGAAGCCUCUGGAGCCUCUGGCGGCUGCCAAGGGAGCCAUGUCGCCCUCCAGACUCGGAGUUCCUGCUUCAAGAGCACGUUCGUAUUCUACCCCUCCGGAGCCAUAUUAUGCAGAUGCCAAGAGGGCUUCCGUGAGUGCCCUGAAUGGAGCAUCUAUAGCUCACCACGCUGCCAUGAAUAAGCCGCCAGAAAUCGAGGACACAGGUGCUAUCCCAAUUACUACCAUGACCCGAAACAUGUUUACGUCGCACCCACCCGUGAAGCCCGAGGUUGAUGAGCAAACAACAAACGAAAGAAUCCACCAAUCGGCAGUCGAGAUGGCCAAGAAAAUGUAUCAGCAGCAGCAGCUGAACCGAGUCGACGAUUCUGAAGACGGAACCGAAGGCGACGCUGGCCCUUCUGCCAACCGCUUUGUCAACUUACAGGAUGCUGCAUAUAAGCAGGCGCAAGAACGUCUUGCCAAGCUUCAAGAUGAACAUGAAAAGAAUCGGCGAUAUCACGACUACUAUACCUCAGAAAAGCCUCUGCGCCGUCGUUUUACCAUCAUGGACAGAAUUCGACGUCGAUCCGCCAGUGACAGUGACAUGGAGGACCGCACGCGUUCGGACUUGGUCCACCAGCAAAUGUCUUUAUUCACUUCCCAGCUCGAACAAGUCGAUGAAGAGAAGCGAGAAAGGGACCGAGAAGCUCUCUUGAUCGCUGCUCGACGCAAUGUCAAAGCCAGCCUGCAAGGGAUGGACGAGCAACAUUAUUUUGAGACUGGAAAGGUCAACCCGACGAUAUUAGGUGACUGGCAAAUUAGAGCUCAGCAGGCGGCCCAGCUUCGACAUGAUACGCGGACGGACGACGGUGGCAGAGUGGACAUUGGAGGCGGUAUGUUCAUGGAUGCUGAUGAGAUCGACGCCAUUGCCGCCAGGAGAGUGCGCCCCGUGCUGGAUGAUAUUCAUGAAAAGGCCGAGGCAGAACGGGAACGGCUAGCGUCACUCAAAUUGGAAGAGGAAGCAAAGAAGGCAGAGGCAGAAAGGGAAAAGGAUCGCGAGCGCGAACUAAAGGAAAUUCAAAAGAGGGCCAGAGUUUAUUCUAACCGUGGCCAAAUAGAGGAGGAUAAGCAACAAGAAAAGGCCAGAAGGCAGCAAGAGAAGAUUGAAGAAAAGCAGAGGAGAGACGAAGAGAAGGCGGCCAAAGCCGAACAGAAGAGGCUAGCCAAAGAGGACAAGAAGAAUCCGAAGCCACAGACUAUUGUUACCGAUCCUCAAACACAAGACAGCCAUCCGGAAACCCAAGAAAGCCCUCAUGAGAUCCAGAAUAUCCGUCAUGAAGACCCGGAGAGCCGUAUCCAAGAUGUCCACCAUGAAGUCCAAGAGAGCCUACAUGAGAUUCAGGAUGUCCAUCGCGAAGACAACGAAGUACAGGAACAGGAACAAGACGCUGAGACACAAAGCAGGCGAGAAGUUGUUACGCCCGAGCGCACGAUUACCCCUACGCAAGAGAUUACUGCUGCCACUACUACAGGUGCUCCUCCACCGGCUCCUACUGCUACCAUCGCCGUUGCUGCUCCUGCUUCCGCUGCUACUGAUAGCGCCGAAAUCUCACAAAGAAAGUCAUCUUCUGAAACACCCACUUCACCAACAGCGCGAGUCAAGGGCUGGAUCAAGAAUCGCUUUUCGCGAGGCAAGUCCGUGAGCGAGCAUAGUGAAAAGAAGAAGAGCUUCAUUGGCGGCGCUGCGCUCAGAGACUCUGCGGCUGGUGGUAGUACGGCCAGCUUGGGGAAUCGCUCUUCCAGCAUACGGGAUGUUACUCUGGCGGGAAGGACCGGCGAAGAGACACCAGUGAAUCACACUGCUGAGAUCGCGCGUGAGGCCACGCCUGACAUUGCUCUGCAGGCCGCACCUGAGAUUCUGCCUGAGACUGUACAUGAUACUGUGCACGAGACUGCGCCUGAGACUACAGGCAGAGAUUCUCGUGGCGUGAGCCCAGUCAGUGCACGCAGUGGAUUGGGCAGUAGUGGGAAAGGCAGCGGGAGGAGCAAUGAUAUCGAACGGUUUGAGACGCCAGCAGCCAUAAAGGACCCUGCGCCGCGCCACAGCAACAGCCCUGCGCGAGAUUCUCGGUUCAGAGAAAUGAUGGACCAUUAA